CGCAAGUACACGCCCUUUCAUAAUGCAGCAUGGGGAAAAGAACGUAACAAAAUGAAGGCUUCUCAGCGGAAUACGGUCUUAACAUUGAAGUAGAUGAAACGAUUCGCGUUGGUUCACGGAUGGUGAUGCAUAAUGCCGAUAGUUGACAAGCUCAAAGAGGCCCUGAAGCCGGGUCGCAAGGACUGCAGCGAUGAAGGCGACCUCAACAAGUUGCUGGCUUUGUCCGCUAAGAAAGUGCUGCUGCAGAAGAUCGAGUUUGAACCAGCCAGCAAAGGAUUCAGCUACCAGCUGGAGACCCUUAAGACAAAAUAUGUGAUCUUGAAUCCCAAGAAUGAUGGGGCAGCAGCACAGAGACCUCUUGAGCCAGCUCAGAUUAAGAGACAAAUCUUGGAGAACCUGAGCGUUGGGCAAAGCGAUGGGAUCCCUGCUCCGCAGAAGAUGCUCUUCCCUGGGAACAAGCUCUCCAUGAAGUGGGAGCGGAUGUAUCGGGUUGGAGCCGGACUCCACAACCUGGGCAACACCUGCUUCCUCAACUCCACUGUGCAGUGUCUCACCUACACCCCACCACUGGCAAACUACCUCCUGUCAAAGGAGCACAGCCGAUCCUGUCACCAGUCUGGAUUCUGCAUGAUUUGUGUAAUGCAGAACCAUAUCAUCCAAGCUUUUGCCAACACGGGCAAUGCCAUAAAACCUGUAUCUUUCAUCCGAGACCUGAAAAAAAUUGCUCGCCAUUUCCGGUUUGGGAGCCAAGAGGAUGCUCACGAGUUUUUGCGCUACACCAUUGAUGCCAUGCAGAAAGCUUGUCUAAAUGGAUAUCCAAAACUAGACAGGCAGACACAGGCCACCACACUCGUCCACCAGAUUUUUGGGGGUUAUUUAAGGUCACGAGUGAAGUGCUCCAUUUGUAAAAGUGUGUCAGAUACGUAUGAUCCAUACCUAGACAUCGCUCUAGAGAUUCGGCAAGCAGCUAACAUUGUCCGUGCACUGGAGCUGUUUAUCAAGCCUGACUUUUUGAGUGGCGAGAAUGCCUACAUGUGUGCCAAAUGCAAGAAAAAGGUUCCAGCAACUAAGCGGUUCUCAAUUCACCGAACAUCAAAUGUGCUGACGCUGUCACUUAAACGCUUCGCCAACUUUAGUGGAGGAAAAAUUACCAAGGAUGUUGGCUACCCAGAGUUCCUGAACAUUCGGCCGUACAUGUCGCAGAGCACUGGAGAUCCUGUGAUGUAUGGCCUCUAUGCUGUCCUCGUGCACUCAGGGUACAGCUGCCAUGCUGGACAUUACUACUGCUACGUCAAGGCCAGUAAUGGACUGUGGUAUCAGAUGAACGACUCCAUGGUGCACUCCAGUAACAUCAAAGUUGUCCUUAAUCAGCAGGCUUACGUCCUCUUUUACCUGAGGAUUCCAGAGAAGAAGAAUACAGAUGCUUUAAAUACAAAACAAAACAUUGUGCAUUCUGGGAGGUCUAAUAUAACCCCAGAGCAGCUGAAGAAGAGCACACUCAAUGGGCCGCUGUCUUCACCACAGGUUACGAAGAGGCUUGAUCCAGCUCAGCUGAGGAAGAUCCAGUCUGUAGAUGGUGGUCUUGGAAUUCCAGUAGCCAGAAAUUGUUUAGGGCUCCAGUCGCCCAAGAUGUCUAACGGUACAGCGGCCUCCCAUGCGCUGCCCAAGCCGUCCGGUGGCCCCACACUGAUCGAGGAGCCCUUUAAGAAGGUUAAGAAGCCCAUACCUCAGCCUCUGUCUCGUAGCAGCACCCCCGCUCCACCCAACGGCCUUGCCAAACCAGACACAGACAAGAGGAGCAACAGCGAGGCCCGUAGCCUGCCUUCAUCUACCUCACUCAAAUCUCUCUCAGACUCCUCCUCAGCAGACACCUCCUCCGACUCAAAAGAGUCGAUUGGCACAAGGAGCGCACCUGUCGGCGACGUGUCAGGUGUGAGCGGCCCUGCGUCUCCCGCUAAGAGCACAGAGCGCGUGAACACAGAGGAGAAGAUGGUAAAGCUCAAACUGCAGGCACUCAUCAACAUCACUUCAGAGCGCAUAAGCACCAUGUCCCCCCCGCCAGCCAAGCGACUUGCUCUCUCCGCUAAGAAGGCCAGCCCCCGGCAGAGCCCGAGCAGCAGCACUGAAGCUCUUCAUCUGUCCAGUGACCCCACACACCCUCUCAGCCUGGCCUCGCCCCAUAUGCAACACAGAGUUUCAGCUCAUUCGCUCAACCUGCAGUCUCCAUCUUCAACUCAUCUCUUUAAAGAUUCAAGUCCCCUUAAACAACCCUCCUGUACCCUGGAGCCCCCCACCCAUUCUCGCUCUCCAAAGACCAAUGGCAUUCAGCCCCAGACACCCACUACACUUCAACCAAUCCAGAGUCAAAACCUUUUAGCCUCAGCUACAGGAUUCAGCCAGGGACUCAUCAGUCCUACAUUUAAAAAGAAAAAGAAGAAAAAGAAACAAAAGCGAAAACAUUGUGAUGUAGAGCAGGAAGCUCCUGAAUCUUUGCCCCCAGAAGAACCAAAGCAAAACAGUGACGACAAGAAGAAGAAGAAGAAGAAGAAGAAGAGGAAGAGAGAAGUGGAAGCCAAUGGUCUUGAGGGACAAUGGGAGACUGUGAGGUCCAAUCUCGAGCCUCUUCCGGAUGAGGAUUGGCGUCUUGGAGAACCGUGGAGCAUAGUCCCUACAGCCGAGAGAAACGCUGAAUCAGAGUCAUCUAAAAUGCUAGAAAGUUCUCUGUCAGCUCCUCCGGUUGGACCGCCAGCAAUGGACCACAUCAUGAAGAAGAAGAAGAAAAAGAAGCACAAAUUAACAGAACAGCUGGAAGAGUUCAGAAAUGGAGCCACAGUUUCCAAGUGUGCUGUUAUAAAAGUGGUUGGUGAGGCAAGCACAAAGACUGAGGGUCUUGAAGAGACAAAGAAGAAAAAGAAAAAGAGAAAACAUGAAGACUUGAGAGUAGAGGAGAAAAAACACCGUUAUGAACAAGCACUUCAUGUGGACCUUCAAGAGACCAAUGGAGAAGAGCCUCUCAGUCACAUGCGCAAUGUGGACAUGCAGAGACCUAGUAAAGCAACCACGGCUGCUGUGAUCGUUUGGGACAGUCAAGUUCAGGAUGGCUUUAAGUGCAACCAGAACAAUGACGACCCAGAGGGUUUGUCGAGGAAAGGCUCUGCUCCUCUGGGCUGGGAUGGAAAGAAAAACUGUGAUGUGGUUCAGGAGCUCCUCAAGAACUCCUCCGAUAAAGCUUAUGGAACUGCAGUGCUCAGUUGGGAAGGAGAUCAGUCGGCCGUCAGCAGAGAUGCCAUAGAAGACACCUACAAUGCCAAAAACAAUACUGUCAUUGAUGAGUGGGACGAGGAGUUUGACAGUGGAAAAGUGAAGAAAUCGAAAAAAUACAAAAAGGAGAAGAGGAGAAAUGGGAAUGUCUUCCAGAAGAUCCAAGAGCAUCGUAGCAUGUGGUCAGUGACACCGGGCGGCAGGCGUAGCAGUUUGGGAUAUCGAUACUGAAAGUUUUGAAACAAGGAUCCUGUUUGUGUUCCCUGACCAGACCAGUUGCCUUAUUGGAUCAGAAGCUGUACGAUCUGUCUCCGGUUGUUCAUCUGAAGAACUGAGGCUGAUGUUAUCUCCUGAGGCUUAGUCACUGUCUGAAAUCCAAGUGCAAAAUGUAUACUGCUUUAUGAUCUUCAGAUCAUAGUAAAUGGGGCAAACUGUAAUGCUAACAGCCUGUUAACCAUAGGUGCUGAUUACUAUAAGAAGAAUCCAGAUCACCAAUGUCUACCAGGGCUGGUUUUAUUUAGACUUUAGAGAUUGGUACUUUUAUGGCCUACCCUUUCUAAAGAUGUGGAAGUUUUACAAAGCCCCUCCCUUCAAUGGGUUUUAAGCAUAAUUUUCUUUCUCAACCAAUGUAACAUCAAGGUACCAAUUAGGGUACUUUUGCUCACCAAGUUAUUUAGCUUUUUCAUAUUUGAGCCAAAUUAUUCCUAAUACCAUUAUGCAAUUAUUUGUCUGUAUGGAUGACAUAUUGUUCCCUUUUUAUUUGUCACAGCCCUGGCACGUUACAUUGCAAUACAUUGCCUAUGAUUGAACUUUUUUGUGUCUUGCCUUGCUCAUCUCACCCUUCACUUUGUCGAAUAAGAAUAUAUUAGAUUAUAUAACAAUUUAUUUAGGGAAAUUAUUCUCUUGACAAUUUCUGAUGUCUAGAUAAGAUAACUCUUCAGAUUUCUCAAUGUUCAUUUUGCAUAAAACAAUGCAAUACAUUUCAUCCAUGAAAGCUUUAAAAAAUAAAAUAAAACAUGGGCCUUAACAAACCACUGUUUUUGCCUGGAGGGCUGAAUUACGUCAUAAUUGGACUGUCCCCUUGUAAGCAGGAUGUAACGUAUUUGAUUAAGUAUGUCACACCCUGUAUCUCUUUUCUACUUUCUAUGCAACUUCAGCAGUCCCAUGGAUGCUCUUCAAAGGGUUUUAAUCCAGGGAGAACUCUCUGAAUGCUGUCUCUGUAAACUGUCAUCACUCUGUCGUUCACAUUGAACUGUUAUACAUUGGGUCAAAACUGCAUUGCAUACUUAUCCACAGAUUAACUAAUAGGUGGAAACCAGUGUUGAUGUUUUCCUAUUUAAAACAUUGUACAGUGUACUCUCUGUGACCCCUAAUCAUUCUUGUUGUUAAAGAUCAGUCUUGCCAUGAAUCUGUCUGUUUUAGAAAAGUUGCCUUGGUUUCAUAAAAAAAAUGAAGAGAACAUAUUGAAAAUUACACCUACAAAAACAUGUUAAAAUGCACAUUACUAAAUGGAAUCCUAACGUAUUUAAGGUUUGUUGAACUGUAAAUGGAAAAUGUAUUAACCAAUAGAUUGUGUUUUGAAAGACUGCUCAGAAGUCUUGUUCAGGACCCAAAUUCAGUGUGUGAGAUUGUGACAGACUUCACUAUACGUUCUGUAGAAUGUCAUUAUUCUCUUAGAAAUUCUCUUGAGAGAGGCUGUUUUACAAUGAGAUUGAAAUCUGAAGAACACAACGGUGUCUUUAUCAUUUUUGAAUUGAUGGUUCUGUACCUAAUGCCUUUUCUGACAAGAGAAGACAUUCAGUAUUGCAAGUACAUAAAUGUAAAUAUACAGGUGCAAUAAAGUUGUGACUUUGUGAAACGAAUGUCUUAUUUUCUUUGAUGCGUUUAAAAUGAAGCAGUCUUCUAAUAAAAGGAAA